AUGAGUAGCUCGACGAUCUCGUAUCAGCAGUCACUCGCGUCAGUUUCUCUCUUUGCUUUGCUUGAAAUAUCACGUGCCUCCGCGCCGCCCUGUUGCGGGUAGCCGAGCGCCCACCCUACGCGGAGUUUCGCAGUCUUCGAGGCGGUUCUUUUGAUCCCCGUUAUCACCGCGAUAGAGCGCUUCUCGAUCCUCAUCGCGGAGUCGGUUUCGGAUGGGCGCCAAGCUCGAGCGGGGGACCUAUCGACUCCGUUAACUGGAAAGUGGGGACCCACUUGAAGAAACUGGAAACCGUCGUCGAGGGCAAAGGAAGAAAAAUGUCCUCCGGUACCUAUCAGCGCAUCACGUCCAUCAACUUGGGACCACCGCGGCACGUAGAGCCCAGCGAGAGCUCUAGCUCCGAGAUGGAGCGUCUCGCCUUGGACUGCCUGUUCGUUCGGCGCUUCCGCAGACUCGCGGCCAUCGUGCUUUCAAAUAUCGCUGCCGUGCUUGUGAUGGUCGUGCUGCUCGUCUUGUCCGUCGCGUACGAGGUGAUCGUCUAUCAGGUGGGGCUCACGACUAGCCAGUUCUACGUCGUCCUCGGCAAGAAAGACUGGUGGGGUUUCCUGAACCAAACGGCUUUCUGUCUCGGCCUCAUCGCGCUCGUCGCGUGCGUCAAGAGUGGCAAGCAGUACGUGUCGAGCACGGUCACCGUGCAGUGGCGACAGCUUCUCACCAAGCGUCUCCAAGAGCUGUACUUCUCGCGCAAGGUCCACUACCGGGUCAACGUGGUCGAGACGGGCAUCGACAACCCGGACCAGCGCAUCACGCAAGACGUGGACCGGCUCUGUCAGGUGCUCAGCGACAUCGUGCCCACCCUGCUCAUAUCGCCCUUCACGAUAGCCUACUACAGUUACCAGUCUUUCAACGUCGCGGGCUACAUCGGCCCGCUGGCAGUUUUCGUCUACUUUAUCAUGAGCACGGUUGUGAGCAAGCUUCUGAUCACUCGCGUUGUGCCCAGAGUGUACGAACUGGAAAAGCAGGAAGGUCGCUUCCGUUACAAGCACGCUCAGAUAAGAGCAAACUCGGAGUCUGUGGCCUUCCUAGAUGGGGAAUUCGCGGAGCUGGACUCGACGGAGGAGCAUCUGCUGGAACUUGUCAAGGCACAGCAGUCGGUCUAUAACCGCCAGUUACCUCUGAACCUUGGUGUCUACUUCACGGACUACGCAGGCAGCAUCUUGAGUUUCCUCAUCAUAGCAGUGCCCCUGUUCUCUGGCGCCUACGAUGACACCUCGACGGCCGACCUCAGUGGCAUCAUCAGCAAAAACACCUUCGUGUCCAUGUACCUGAUCAGUUGCUUCAGUAAGUUGGUAGACUUGUCCAGCGGGAUUUCAACCGUGGCUGGCAACACGCACAGGAUCUCUGUUCUCCUGGAGAGGAUGGAAGCUAUCAACGAGGAGGAUGACCUCCUGGAAAAGAUGAAGCAGACAAAGAAGCCGCACAAUGAUGACGGUGACAGUGAUGAAGUGGGGCCACAGUUCAUCGUCAAGAACAUGUCCUACGGAAGUCCGUACGACGACAACAUCUUUGUCGAAGGACUCACGCUUGAGCUGAGCCCCCCAAAGAGCGUCUUUGUCACCGGACCGAGCAACAGCGGCAAGACAUCCUUGCUGAGGAUACUCAAGGGCCUGUGGUCACCAUCGUCGGGAUCUGUCAUCAGAGAGUUUGCCGGCUCUCUGUUCUUGCCACAAGUGACAUGGUUUGGGAGCGGCAGCCUCAGGUCGCAGCUAUACUACCCGUACACCCCGCCAAAGACCACACCACACGAAGAAGGAGAGAUAUGGAGACUUAUCGAGCUAGCCGACCUGGGACACCUUCUCAAGCGGUCUGGUGGACUUGAUUCUUCCCUGCUGCCCAUGUGGUACGAAUCGCUAUCCCCGGGCGAGCGACAGCGGCUCAGCUUCCUGCGCGUCCUGUGCCAGAGGCCCAAGAUGGCACUCCUCGACGAAGCCACCAGCGCGCUCGACGAGGACACGCAGGUGAAGCUGUACCGCGAGUGUCGCAAGUUGGGCAUCGCUACUGUGACAAUCGGUCACCAUGCCUGCCUCGAGCCUCUGCACGACACCACCUUGGAACUUCACGGGGCUGCAAAGGGCGGAACUUGGUCGUUGAAAGAAUCAGACGAAACCACCCACGGUGACUCUGCUGCUGUCGAUAGCUCACACUCUUGAUCGAACAUCUUGAGGGUGCAUGUAAUUGCGCCGGUCUCACUAAAGCUGAUACUGCUGCAAUCAUUUGUGUAAUGAUUCCAAUGGCUGUUUUGCUAUGAGCAAGGUCUCACUCACCAUUCAAGGGACUCUACAGGAAACUAUCAAAUCAGUCUGGACUGAUAAGAUGUGCUGUGAAACACCGAGUUGGUCACUUUUAUCGAGAGCAGAGGAUUACUGCAAUGAUAGAUGGCGUGAAGUGGAUGGACAAGUAUAUUGCCACAUUGGAGCCCUCGUAAAACCUUUCUUUUACAAGAGAGAUGGGACCUUGGCUAAGUAUGGCUAUGUUAUAGUCAUUAGAAUGAUAGAAAUCUCCCAAACAAAUUUUGAUAGUAUCAGAAAGCAUGAUAAGAAGAUGAACUUGCAGGCCUUGAGCAGGUUCAGGCUAACACAGCACAAAUGUAAAUGAAGAAAUCUGAGAGUGCCCCGCUUCCUGUACAGGAAUUACUUGGCCUAAUAACGACAGAAAGACAAAGUUCACUUUGUUUCAGCCCGCCAUCUUUUAGAGGCCUCUUUCACAGAAGAAGUGCCUUAACUUGUGAAAAGCCUUGAAAUCUGCCAUUUCAGAGAAAUUAAAUCACCCCCAUUACAGUUUUUGUGAACGGAAAAUUUGGAAAAGAAAUACUCCAUUUAAGUAAUUUUUUUUUCUCUGAUAAUAAGCCGUCCUUUUCUGACAAAUAAAAUGCUUCAAAAUCUCCGAAAGGGUAACGUGCCGGCACAGCCUGGUACAACAUUUUCUUCCUCUAGUGUCCCUUGAAGUGAGAAACUAGUGAAGAUGGGUUGAGGAGACAGGUGCAGAGGUUUCUGGCUUCCUUGAACAGUCCACUUAUAGGAAAGAAAAUGUGAGCGAGGAAAUUAAAAACACCUGUGCUGGAAUACAGGGCCUUUAACAAAAUUGUCGAAGCUGCUCCACACGUGAUGACAUCUCUUUGCCAUGUUUCUGUGCUCCUAUAGCAUGCCUGGCACUCCGAAGCUCAGGAUACUGAGGCACCCUCUUUUUCUCCAAAUUGGAAGCUUUGGGUCAGUGAAAAUUUCACAGAGGCACAGUAUACUAUGACCAGUUGACAGGUGCGCAGUGGCUUCAAAAAUUAUGACGAUGACUGUAGACAUUAAUACUACAGCAAACCUUUGUUCAGAGGUGUUUGUGGAGACUGAAUUAUUAACUCUUUAACUCUCAAAUUAUUUCAUUAAAAAGUACAAAAUUUACCAAUAAUUUUUAUUCCUAAAUUUAUUGCACAUUACAUCCGGAUUCGAUAUACAUGUGCGAUUUGCAUCUUUAUUGACCUGAAAUAUCAGUGAAAGGCAUCUGACCUGAAACGAAGAUAUCCCCUCAGCACACAGGUAAUGUUUGAAUGCUGCUAUCUGAACAGAUGGUAAUGAAAAGAAUUGAAACCAUCGAAGAGUAUGCCAGUGCCGAAACCCAAAUGCUUGAUGUGAAUUGAGUUGACGAGCAAGGCUUGCAUCCGGCAAGCAAAAUCGAAGAAGCUGCGGCCUGGACAAGUGCAGCUUGGGCUUGUUAGUUAAAGGGUUAUAUGGCAAGAAAUUCAACACUCUGAUAGACAGCCUAGCCUAAAAGCCACAAGAACAUCCCCAGAAGCCCCUGUUCUGUUUAGGCUCAACAGAAAGAGUUGCUCUGUUUCCCGAGCCAUUGUGUUCUUGCCCGUACACGCACUGCCGAUUAAAGCAAACAAUCAGCAGAUCGAGCUCAAAGGCAUGCACUGUUGACUAUGGGCUACAAUUUAGUGUAGCUUACUUCAGUGCAGGGUUUUGUCAUAGAUAGCAUUUUGUCAGCUUGUUUCUGCAAGUUGUGCUCUUGUGCUUCUUGAACAUGAAUUCCACUUUUUGUACUCGAGGAAUUGCCCAGUGUACCAAUUGUACCAAUUUUUGCGUGAUCUUUCUUUAAUAGGCAGCAGUUGCCGCGGGAACUUGGUCUCCUGAAACUUGUGCAUACCACAUAGUCAUCAUUUCUGUCUCUGGUCAUUUGGUAUGCUGCCGACAAUAUUUCGCACUCCGCCUCAUAGGUGUGCGUCAGACUGUUUGUACCAUGCUUCGUAGAAUGUGUUAAGUUUUUGUGCUGGGAGCGCUACCAAUGCCAAAGAAGUCUCGUGGCCUGUGAUACAAUGAAGGCUCGAUUAAUGCACUGCCUGCUUGCAAUUAAAUUUGGCAGUCAAGAAAGUGCGAUGUUCGCUUCGCUUUAUUGUGUUGUUUUUAAAGGAACGUUAAGAGAAACGUUAAGCUAGAUUAGCAGAUCUCUGGACUACAAGACAGGGCAGUCUUGCCACAAGUAAGUCAGAAGCUUAGUAAGCAAAAAAUAUGCAAAAAUGCAACAUGGUUGGCGACACCACCUUGAGGUCCUCACGCCAGCUGUGGCGUUGCUGAUUUGGACAGCAUCUGGGCAGGGCUAGUGGAUGGAUUAGAAAAUAUCCAAAGACAAGGUGGCAACUUAUAUGAAUGUUAAUGUCAUAAUAUAAUCAAACUAGGUGAAAAUAGAGUGAAAUCUAGGACAUUUUGUGAACAUUGACACUGUGAUUAGAGUUCAGAAAUAAUUAUUGCCUUUAUUUGUUCUACCAAUAAUCAUUAUUCUUGUGUGUUAGAAACAUGAACGGAAGUUUUUAAUAUCUUACUACUCUAAAUUGUAGUCUUUCUCUCAGUGGCCCAUAGAGUGGUGCAACUUAGGCAAGAGGAAAUGCAAUUCAGUGCUACAUUUAUAAUUCUAAGCCAAUAUCUGAAAAUCAGGAGGUCUGAAUAUACAAAAAAGAUAUCUCCAAUGUAAGCUAAUUGGAAUACGAACGAAGUUGAAGCAUUGUAGCUUCUUGUCUAAAACACGCAGCAAAAGGUUACCCUUGUGACAUGAGCUCACUUGCCAUCAUCAUUACCAUUAAGUGAUUAUCACUUUGUUGCUUACUGGGCUUUCCUCUGUUUUGCCUGUUCCACUUAAAACUUAGCAUUUUUUAGAAGUUUGUGAGAUAAGCUUAAGGCGAGUUGUUCCUUGUACCUGCAGUACGAUUUACUGCCAUUGUUCAGCCAGUGCAUGGUUGUGAUGGCAUCGAUCAAGUUUAGCAGGCACGUACAUUUAGUCAACAUUUGAGUGUGGCAAUGCAGCCAUGGCACGUGAACAAAUUUUGAAAGGCAACUUGAGCGCUUACACUUGUAGAAUUUUCAAACCACAUCCUGAAUUCUAAGCCAACCGGCCAGUUUUUGUGUUCAACAUUUUAUAGAAAAAUUUAUCAGCCUAGGUUUGAGUAAAUAUGGUAUUGUUUACUGUAUUGAUUAAUGUAAGAUAUAAAGCAGUCCAUUUUACUUUUGCCAGCUCCCUUGUGUAACAGUUUUAUAUCCGAGCCACAAGAAUACGUACGAAAGUAAUCCAAAUUAUUUCUAGCAUUGGCCAGGUAUCUGCAUAACACAUGCACAGUGCAGUAGUAUUAUUCAUGCUUAGUUUUCUAUUUCAUUUGCAUAGCACAUUGAUCUCCAUGUUCACAUUUACAUUUACUCAAGAUAAGCAUGCCCACUUUGAAUUUUUUCUAGAUAAUAUCUAUGCACUGUGGCAGUAAUCUUCUGCUUUUGUUCGAAGUGAAUAUUCCAGAAUUUUGGCAUUCCAUACUAUUGUGUGUAGCACAUACACUUGUAUGUGUUAGCAACUGCCUUUACUGUUUUCUGUACAAAGCCAAGUGGACAUUCACUAACUAUUCAGUAACUAUGGCCGCUGACCAUCGUUCCAGAAAUAUCCCUCCCCUGUCAGAAAAGUUCAGCAGUCCAUUUUGUUUGAUUCUAAAAAAAGAUGCAACUGGUCUUGAUUGGUCUGAAUUGUUUCUAAUGUGUUUGAAUAGUGUCUUGAGACAUGGAUAAGUUCUACCCAUGAAAUUGAUUUGACUGGAUUAAGUGCUGUUUCAUCUAUACACCUAAUUUUGAAAUAAUAACAACCAUAUGAAGCCAACAGACAACGAAGAUCCCAGAAUUGGCAUCAACAAUGUCAGUAAGAUUGUGUGACAAAAAGCUUUUGUGCCUCAAAUUGAGAUAGAAGUCAAGAUUUUUUUGGAUGUCACUGCCUAAAUUCAGUUUCCUAGAACUCUUAAUAAGCAGUUCAGUAUUGCAGAGGACCAAGUAAGAAGCUUCAUGCUUUAUGCAUUCUCCAACCUUUUUUUGCGCAGUUAUGUGACUCUAUGCCUACUGAUUUCUACAAAAGCACUCAUAGAAUGUUAACCUUUUAGCCGGUUCAUUAUACUCGGCAAUAGAUUGCCUAAAUCUCCUUAAAAUUAUUGGUCUAUGAGCCAGGACAAGCUACCUUGUUCAUGUGAUGAAUUGGUGAGUCCAAACAAGCUAGCAGUGUGCAAUGGUUAAGGUGUUAAUGCAAGGACAUCCUGCAUUUACUAUUGAAGCUCUCUGUGUUUUGAUAAGGUAUACUGCUUUGUUGUAUAAUCUUGUUAGUCUUUUUUGUGUGCCCAUGGUCUACAGGUUGUGCUCCAGUCUGACCAGUAGGUCAGCUUAGUACGGUUUUGUAAACCUAUGUUUAUUGUUCUCUAAAUGUAAUUUUAAAAAUACUAAAAGAUAUUUACAGGGCAUGCUUCUUAUACAGACAUUCUGUUCUUUAUUUCAUUCCACCUCCAAGAUUUAUUUCAGUUGCUGCUUGACAAAUUGAUUCUGUAAGUGUUAUUGGCAGUUUUAAGGUGCAUCAGUGAAAAUGGCUGUGGUAUAUGGUAACUCUCAGAUAUACAGGAUUUCCUUUACGGCAAACGUGCAGGGAUUUUGGAAAUCUUUUCAUCAUGUCAGCAGUUUCACUUAAGGACAGCACAUUUUAUUUAUCAGAAACUAAAUGCAACUCCUUAAACUGCAAAUCUUAAUUGAAUUUUUUUUAAAGAACAGUAAAAGUAAUAUUAGGCUGUGUGUAUCUGCAGAUAACACUUCUAUAAUAUCAAAACCACCACUAUUGCAUGCGAGGAGGCUUGCUGAGCCAGAAAAGGCACAAAAAUUAAAGACCAGGUGGGCGUCGUUGCCCUGAAGUUCAUGCAUCUCUUCACCCUGGUAUCAUGGAUUUUUACAUUGUCCACAUGAUAAUAACUGGUUGUCAGCAAGGACUACAUUACAUUCUAAGUUAAUGAAAACUCAGCCUAGCAAGUUUCGAAAACUUCUGUGUCAAAAACAGCCCAAAUAUGAACAAAAGGCACGCACUGAAAUUCGUGACAUCACACUGCCUUCCUAGUGCUGAGUUUUGGAAGAAUGUUUUAACAAUGUAAACUGAAUAAGCAUUGCUCUUUGCACUUUAAAGUGAGUCUUCUGCCUUGCUGUUCCACGUAGCACGCCUAGACAGGGACAGGAAUAUCAAAAUUAAAAUAACAUUUUAAGCGCAGAUACACCUAACAGCUGAGGCAGUGUAUGCUAUGUAAGAAAUCAGUCAUAGCAAAGUCACUGUUCACUUUCAUGUGUUUCUUGGGGGAAAAUGAACUUAAGUUCUGACGUUCGAAAUUACGUUAUGCUCGAAUGCGCAUAUACGCUUUGUAAAAUUGAGAAAUCUUCUAUGGGCAGUGACUUCACAGACAACCUAUUCUAGCACCUGAAGCUCAACCAUAGAAUGUCCCUGGUUGAUGCUACCCGAUCAGCAGCAUGGCAUUCCAUCAUCAUUCCAUCGUCUUUACAACGAUCUAUGAAUUAGUGCUUUCGCUGGUGUCCCUUGCAAUUUCAAGAAGUACAGAACAGUUUUCCUAGUGAGCAAAAAUGUAGUAUUAGUCUUAUCGGUGCUUCAGCCUUCAUUUUGUGUGGAAUAAAUAAGACAGGAACAAUGCAAUUUAGCUUUUGUGUGCAUUAUCCUGCGGCUGUAUUCAGGGUCGAUCACUUUCAGUGAGUGCUGAUUGGCUAAGCCAAAGGAAAGGAAAACGACCAUCACUCCAGUGAGGCAUCAUGCCAGACGCCAAGUAUCACCAAAAAUGAUUGAUCUUGAAUACAACCCUGGUCUUGUCUCCAAUGUCUGCUUCGUGCCAAAUCAAGAGCAGUUUCGCGGGAUCAAAUGUUAUAAAAAAGUAUCAAAGUCUAACAUACAGAGGCAUUGUACUUUGAUUUUUGUACAUUGUAUUUAAGACUAUACAUGAUUUAGAACAAUUGUUUGUGCUGGAUCAGGCAGCUGUUUGUAAAGUGAAGAUCCAAUGCAGUCAUUUGUUCUAUGGUAUCAUUAGAAUGCUGUAAUGUUUGUGGUUGGGAAAGACGAAACUGGAGUGAAUUGUUGCUUUUUGUUGUUUCUAAGCUUUACAAGCCAAUGCAAGUAUCCUUCGCGUGUAAUUUUUUUCUCACCAUUGUUUGACAUUCCAUAUGUGUGCCAUAGAUAUGGGUCUCCAUCCAUUCUGUGCCGGAUUCCAAAAACAAAACUGUCUGGCAUAAACUGCUGCAAAAGCCUUCAUGCAGCCUAUGUGAUGCACUGCCUGUCACUGCUGAUCUAAUUGGUAGGAGCUCCUGCGUGCUUUGAAAUGUUCAGCAUUGCACUUUGACAUUGGUUUACUGCAGUCUGCUAUCCGCAAAAAAAUUCAACACAACCUGAAAGAAAGGCAACACCUUCUGAUGCAUCGAUAUUACAGUGUGUGACUUCCACUUGCUACACAGGUGGUCGAUGGACAUGAAAUUGUCUUAAAAUUCAGCAGCAAAAUCGUGGUUGUUUUUUAAAUGCAAAUAUUUAAAUUAGCUUUGACUCAUGCAUGUAUCGUUUGUGUUUUAACUGGAGUAGGUGGUGCAAGUAAAUAAUGAACAGACUAAAACAUUUUUGUAUCCUGUAUAUUGAAUGUACCAGAGAGAAAAAGUUAAUGUAAAUUUAAAUUUACACAGUGGCAUUACAUUGUUUUAUUGGUGAAAAUUUGGGCUGCUUGAAGAUGACAGCCACACUGCUGUCUAACGUAUUGUGGGUCUGUCAGCGCAGUUUACUGGCUUGCUUCGCACCGUAUUAGCUAUGUAGAGAGUAUCAUAUUUUACAAGGUGGCAGGAACGCUAUAUUAUAAAUGUGUGUAAUUUUAUGCAUGGGGUGUGCAAUGUACUUUUUUUGCUGCUUGCGUUUUAUCACAUAGACAUUGUGGCGGUGUUCUAUGUCUAGUCUAUGCAUUGCAUGACAUUCAGUAAUUUCUUUAGCACUCCGGUACUAGUAUAUAUGUGAUUGCGAUUCUGUGAUUUAACCAGUGGUUUGUUAGGGUUUCAACUACACUGCAUUGGUUUGCCAUCUGCUGUGAAAAUGCCUUUUCACUUGCUUGUAAUAUCGUUUGCAAAUGGCAGUCCUAAGUCAUGUGCGAAACACCUAGUGUGCCCACGAGACAUAUCAAGUGAGAUGCAGUGAACUGUGUACAAAGAGAAAACAAAUAUAUAUUUGCACUGUCUUUGUCUUUGCAAUUUUGAAAUACAGCUGUUUUUCAUUUUUU